UGGUCGCAAUGCUCGUUGCCUCGUCCGUUCCUCUCUCUCUCUUUCCGAUUUGACUAGAUUUAGCGAUUAGAAGCAAAUAGAGGGGGAAUCGGAGUGAGGUGGUGGUCUGGUGGAGCGGAGGAGGAGCAGAAGCACGACGCAGAGUCACAGACGCCGGUAGCCGGGGGCGCUGCCGCGCGGGCAUGGCUGCACCGCAUCCGCACGAGCACGGGGCUGGCUGCCGCCGGUGCGCCCCAGCGCCUACUGCCCGCGACUAGGACCGAAUCAAUCCCUUCUCUUCUGCAGUUCCCCUGCCAUUCUGCCAAGCAAACAAUAAUGGGAAAGUUCAGUCAGAGAAAAAUUGAUUUUGUCUUAAAAAGAAAAAGGGAUGGGACAAAUGAAAAUGAAGAUCCUUUGGUAGCAGCAAAUGAUAUCUUGCCCUUGCUUCAAUUGGAACAACAACAACACAAUAAUGACGAAGGAUUUCAGACAAAUGAACCGGUCACUUUUCGAGGUAUAGAGUACUUGCAGCGAGACCCUGGACUGCGCCCUCAGAUUUGGCGAUAUCCACCGGAGCAAAGAGAUUCCGUGAGGAGAGCAUAUUUGUUGUUAGGCCCUAUGCAGCCCCAUCUACAGAAAUAUAAACUUUCAGGUGAACAAGGCCAUCAACGCCGCUUCCAAUAUAACUGGUUUGGUCUCUUUCCAUCAUGGUUGGAGUACUCUGAGGAUAAACAAUGUGCAUAUUGUCUAUUUUGCUUCGUGUCUGGCAGCAAGGAGAAUACAAGAGGUGGUUCUCAUGUCUUCACGGUAGAUGGAUUUGACAAAUGGAAGAGGGUCAAUAAUGGGAAACAUUGUGCAUUCUUGACUCACAUAGGUUCCAGACCAUGCUCGCCACACAACACUGCAGUCACUAGUUGUCAAGAUUUAAUGCAUCAACCAUGCCACAUCGAAAAUGUAAUAGCGGUGAAGGACAAGGAGAAAGUAGAAAGAAAUCGCUUGCGGCUGAAAGUCUCAAUUGCUGUUGUUAAGUGGCUUGCAUUUCAAGCUUGUGCUUUUAGAUGUUUGGUGUUGUUUAUUCUGCUAUCCAAGAUAUGGCAGCUGAUGGAUCACUUGGGUCAAUACGGGCAGAUGCAGACACUUCUUUUAGCUACCUGUCAUCCUUUGAGUUCAUAUUUAUCCUAUGUUUGACAAAGGAAAUAUUUGAGAUAACUGAAAUACUUGGCCAAGCUUUUCAGAAGAAGUCACAAGAUAUUGUAAAUGCUGUUCGCCUAGUAUCCUCAACAAAAGAGUGUCUUCAAGAGCUAAGAUCAGAUGAUGGCUACCAACAAUUCAUUGACACUGUUAUUGAAUUUUGCGUAAGCCACUCCAUUGACAUUCCUGACUUUGAGGAAACAUACAUCCUGCGUGGUGGCCGUGCACGUCAUCAGCCUGAUCAGUUCACCAAGGAGCAUUACUUUCGAGUGGAAAUUUUCCGUGCAACGUUGGACACUCAACUAUUUGAAUUGAAUCGAAGGUUCAACGCGAAGGUAAUGGAUCUUUUAUCUACUAGUGCCACUUUGAUUCCUAGAAACAAAUUCAAAGGGUUCAAAGCUAGUGAUAUAUGUGAGAUGGUGAAAAAGUAUUACCCGGCAGAUUUCCCGCAAGAUAUUUAUGGAUUACAACAACAACUGAAACAUUUUGUUUUGGAUGCUUCCAAAGAUGAGGAGUUGAAGAAAAUAUCAACCUUGAUUGAUCUUUGCCGAUGCCUUGUGGAGACGGGAAGACAUAUUAUCUACAAUUUGAUUGAUAGAUUACUCCGUUUGCUUAUUACUCUUCCAGUUUCUACGGCAAGCGCUGAACGUGCAUUUUCCAGUUUGAAGAUUAUUAAAACAAGGUUGCGCAAUAAGAUGGAAGAUGAAAAUCUGGCCAAUAACAUGUUAGUUCACAUAGAGGGUGCUAUUCUGGAGGAUUACAAGUAUGAUGAUGUCAUUUUUGAUUUUAAAAGCAUCAAGGAUCGGGCAGCUGACUUGUAGUGUGUAUCUCCAUGUCUAAACACAUAUAUUGUCUAGUUAUUUUUGUGUAGCUUCUUUUGCUGUAUAGUAGUAUUACAUAUAUGGAUGCCUCUCCUGAUUUUGUAAGCACUGGGACCAAAAUGAUUUUAUUGAUGACUAAUUUCUAA